CUCUUGCAGCUUUGUGGCAUUUUUUUCCUAGGAUACGGUACCGUUUUGGACCUACUUUCAGUGAACUUGUUACGCCCCAGAGCUGCUUUUGGGCACUGGGCGGUUGCUGAGCUCUACCUGCCGUAGCCAGGAGCUGGUUUUCAGGGAGUAUCGCAGGUCGGGUUCUGCUGCUGCAUCCUCUCGGAAGAGAGCAGUUCUGUUCGGGUGAAAUAGGUAACUAGAUUUUUAUAGCUGUUCUCUGAUGAUCUUGAUAGAGUUUGCGCCUCUGUAUUUCGAAAGUAAUUUCAUAUUUGAAGAGACUAACAAUUCCUGUUUUUGCCAGAUUUCUUCUUGAAUGGCAAUCUGAAUGCCAGCCCAAAGAGGCCCCAAAUACACUUGUUCUCCCUUCAUGUCCUCAAGAUUCCAGACAAGUUAAGCAAUCAAGUUGAAGAAACAUUUCCACUACUUAAAGAGGUACCUGCAAACUGUAUUUAUUCAACCAUCCUAAUGGGAUUUUCCCUUAGUAAAUCUGCCACUCAGGUAUCUGCUAUGCAUAUGGAUUCAAAAGUGGAUGAUCAUUUGAUGCAAGGGACUAAGAAAACCAAGUUGGAACCAGUGACUCAAUUAUUUCAAAACACCAAGAAAAUAAGAUUAGAAGACACAAACCAAGAACACUUUACAAGAAGUAAAGAGACUUGCUCAGGAACUCUUUCAGAGAAAACCUUGGGUUCUGUGGUAUAUGUUAAAGAAAGUGAUGGAAUAGAAAUGACAGAUGUGGAAUGAAGUUAUUUGUACAUACUGCCAAAGAAACCAGAAUUUGCUUUUGACUAAGUGAGCAUGUUGAAUGAGAACUUAACCUUAUUAGGAAAACCUAACAAAAUGAAGGAAGACAAUUGCUUGUUUUUCACUAUUUAUGAAUCACAUUAGACUGCACUUUCUUGAUACAUAUUAAAAAAAGUUAAUGUUUUAGGGAAAAAAAUUUUUUCUAAAAUUCAAAGCAAAAUUCUCUGGUAUUACAUUCUGUUCUUGUCAAAAAUCAGAAUUUUUGAAUAACAGUAUUUAAAUGGUACCAAAAUAUUUUAAUUAUAAUGUAUUUCUUUAACAAGUGAUCAAAAAACAGUGCCCAAACAAUUUGACAUCUGUAUUUCACACUACUUGUGGUGUACUGAUUUUGUAAGAUUUCUAGUUAGGGAUUUUGCUUUAGGGUACUUUAUCUUGCUGCAUUUUUGCAUUUCUGUUCUGUAAAAGAUCACUUCAGGUAAACUCUGCAAAAGACCAGUAAAUUACAUACCUUGAGAAGCAUUUCACAUUUUAUUUUAUUUUUUUUUUAUUUUUUUUUUUUUUAAAGAUUUUAUUUACUUAUUCGACAGAGAUAGAGACAGCCAGCGAA